AUGACCAAACAUAUUUUUGACCCAAUCUCUGAUGAUGAAAUCAGAACAACUACCAAGCUUUUGAAGGACUUGAAUGGCGAUGCUAAGGUUCACUUUGCCCAAAUCGACAGAUUGGACCCACCAAAGAAGCAAGCCAUUGAGUACUUGAACAUUGAAAGGUACGGUGGGGGUGAUCUGCCAUACAUUCCCAGAAGGACGUACGCAUACUACUACUUGAACGACAAGAUGCCAUUGUUCAAAGCUAUCUGUAACGUUAGUGAAAAUCACGUGAUUUGCAACGUUGAAACCCCAGAAGGUACCGUUGGUCCAUUGUUGCCAGACGACAUGGCCAAGGCCGAAGAAGCCAUCAUGAAGCACCCAAUCGUGCUCGCUGAAAUCGCCAAGCUCAAGCUUGACGAUUUAUACUACACUCACGCAAGAUUGGGUAAGUUGAAGUACAAAGUUGUCUGUGAGCCAUGGAUGUACGGUACUGACGGACCAAAUGACAAAAUCCCAUUGGUGCAGGCCUACAUGUACAUGAAGUUAGACCAUCCAGAUGCUAACCACUACUCUAUUCCAUUGAAGUUUUCUCCUGUGUUUGAAUACUUGAGCUUGAAGUUCGUCAGAAUGGACUACUUGCCUUCUGGUGCUGACGAAUUAUAUGUUAAGGACACUUUGCCAUACAAGCCAGUUCCAACAGUCGAAUACCAUCCAGAUGUCAUUGAAGAUUACAAGGAGCGUGAAGGCUUGAAGCCAUUGCUCAUUCAACAACCGGAAGGUGCUUCUUUCUCCAUUGAUGGUACUAAGAUCGAAUGGCAAGGCUGGGAAUUUAGAAUUGCAACUAAUGUUAGAGAAGGGUUUGCCCUUUAUGACAUUCACUUCAAGGGCAGAUCAAUCUGUUACCGUGCCAGUUUGGAAGAAAUGACCGUGCCAUACUUGGAUCCAAGAGCUCCAUACCAUAGAAAGCAAGCCUUUGAUCUCGGUGACUGUGGUUUCGGUAACACCGCCAACUCUUUGGCCUUAGGUUGUCACUGUUUGGGUGUCGUUAAAUACUUGGACACCAGAAGAGCUGACGCCGAAGGUAACCCAGUAUUGAUUCCAUCCACCAUUUGUAUGCAUGAACAAGAUUAUGGUUUGUUGUUCUUGCAUCAAAACUACAGAACAGGUUCCUCUAUCACCACUAGAAGAAGAGAAUUCGUCGUCCAAACCAUCGCUACUGUUGCUAACUACGAAUACAUUAUCAACUUGAUCUUUGACCAAGCUGGUGCUAUCACAGUCCAAGUCAGAGCUACUGGUAUCCUAUCUACCAUGCCAAAUGACUUGGGUUGUGUUACCGAUUACGCUACCCCAGUUGGUCCAGGUGUCACUGCCGCUUACCAUCAACAUUUGUUGUCCUUCAGAUUUGACAUGAGAUUAGACGGUGACAAAAACACAGUAGUCUACGACGACUACGUCCCAAUGGAAGAGAACACUUCCCUAAACCCAUACAACGUUGGUGGUGUUCAAAAGAGAACAUUUGUCGAAAAGUCUGGUUACAUCGACCAAUCUCCUUUCACCAACAGAACUUACAAGGUCAUCAAUGAAAAUUCCAUUAACCCUGUCACCAACAAACCAGUUGGUUACAAGUUUGAAAUGCCAGCAAAGCAAAUGAUCUUGGCAUCUAAGGAUUCUUACAACGUCAAGAGAGCUCACUAUGCUACUAAGCAAAUUUGGGUUACCAAAUAUGCUGACGACAGAAUGUACGCUGCUGGUGAGUUCACCAACCAAUCUACCGAAGACAAAGGUCUCAAAGUCUGGGCUGAUGGUUCCGAAUCCGUUAGAAACACUGAUAUUGUCGUCUGGCCAACUUUGGCUUUGACCCAUCCUCCAGUCACAGAACAAUUCCCAGUCAUGACUUCUGACUUCUUGCAAUUCUUGGUUACUCCAGCUUCAUUCUUCACACAUAACCCAGCUCUAGAUGUUCCAUUAGCAAACAACAAUUUCAACAAGUCCGUCUACUACGAAGAUGCCACCAAGAAUGCUGAAAAGCCAUCUUCUGGUUGUUGCAAGAUGUAA